GACGCCGGCGGCCGGCUGGACCUGUACUAUGAGGUGCAGUGCUUGGAGUGCGCUAGUGGGGUCCCCUGCAUCACUUGCAGCCGCCUGUCCUUCCUGCCCCGCCCACAAAAGUUAACGGAGCGCAGGAUCCGAGUGUCGGCGCUCCGCCCCCGAGUUACCUACGCCUUCCGGGUCCUGGCCUUGAACGGCGUGUCGGAUC